AUCAGGGUGGUGUGGAGAUGGUGUCCAAUCAGCAGACGCCGCUGCCGGCUUUAUAAACUUCACAUAGGCAUUUGGAGGCUAUACUCCGACUGUGAAAGAAGGAAGCUAGCUAGCGCCAUGGCCAGAACCAAGCAAACCGCUCGCAAAUCCACCGGUGGCAAAGCACCCAGGAAGCAGCUCGCCACCAAGGCUGCGCGCAAGAGCGCCCCGGCCACCGGCGGCGUGAAGAAGCCUCACCGUUACAGGCCCGGCACCGUGGCUCUGAGAGAGAUCCGUCGUUACCAGAAGUCCACUGAGCUGCUGAUCCGCAAACUGCCCUUCCAGCGCCUGGUGAGAGAAAUUGCCCAGGACUUCAAGACCGACCUGCGCUUCCAGAGUUCCGCCGUGAUGGCCCUGCAGGAGGCUAGCGAGGCUUACCUGGUCGGCCUGUUCGAGGACACCAACCUGUGCGCCAUCCACGCCAAGAGGGUGACCAUCAUGCCCAAGGACAUCCAGCUGGCCCGUCGUAUUCGCGGAGAGCGCGCUUAAACGAUGACCUGAUGUCCAAAAUCCCCCAAAGGCUCUUUUAAGAGCCACCUCCAUAUUUCCGUCAAAGGCACAAUUGUUCCAUAUGUACACGCCCCUCUCCAGACCGUAUCAUAAAUAAGAGUUGG